UCUUGAUUUUCUUGUGGUGGAGGUCAACGAUGGCGAAAGUGAUCAAUCUGAGUCCGAUCGAAGCUACUUCUGAGACCUUUGCUGACUAUGGUCAAAUCAUCGAAGCCUCUCGUGAUGGUGACCAUUUCGGUCCCAACGACGCUCAGUUGGAUCUCUCCAGAGGAACCCCACGGUUAUAUAUUAUGCCGCUACAAGAUACAUCCUUUGGAUUUUCGAAGAUCACUCAUCACGCGAACGUGACACAGUGCAUAGGAUCAAUAGGAGCUCGUGUUUGGUAUCUCGGAGUGGCUAAGCCGUCUCUUAUUGAAGGUGAUGAUGCAAGGAGAGUACUAGAUGAUACAACAACAGUUGUAGAAUCAAAGUAUGGUCACUUGUACGCUCCUCCUCCCGUUGAAGAGGUGCGCGUCUUCAGGGUCUCAGGAACAAAGUUUGUUAAAUACAACCGCGGUACUUGGCAUGUUGGACCGCUCUUCAGUGACAGCUCCAUGGACUUCUACAACCUUGAGCUCAGCGACACUGAUGUGGUGGAUGAGACGACAUAUGAUUUCAGGAAGAACAAUGGAGUCAUCUUCCGAUUUGAAGAACCCAUAUAGGAGGAGACAUCAUCGUCCUAAUGCAGCUGCAGAACCGAUUGAACCGGAGACCAGUUCAACCUUGUCAUGUUUGAUUAUGCUUAUUUUGUUUCAAGUUAAAAAUAAAGAGAAGAGAAUUGGUCUUCCCAAUGUUAAGGAACCAUCUCUUCCACAUUUCCACGUUCCUUGCUUUGCAGGAGUUAUGGCUGCAUCUCUGUUUCUGUUUGUCUAUGUAUGUAAAUGAAAUGUAAAAAAAA